GUGAAGGAUGCACUGCUCCAUAGCAACAUCAGUACCAGGGCGAUGGGCCAGUGGAGCAGCGCUGUUGCGGACGACCUGGGACAAAUAUCCUGAGAAUAUCUGAAACAGGUGCUGCAUGUCGACAGCAUGGACGACCAGAGGGAGUCACUGCAGAAGAUCAUCACCACAUUGGCCCUAAAGAAUGAGGAAAUUCAGAAUUUCAUCUGCUGUCUAAAGCAGAAUUUAGAGAACCUAGAGGUGAAUGCAAACCGGGUGCAGGAGGAUCUAGACUCAGAGUAUAGUUCUCUGCAUGCUGUCCUGGAUGAACUGAAAGAGGGCAUGGUCACACGCAUCAAACAGGAAAGAGCCAGCCGCACCUAUGAGCUACAGAGCCAGCUGGGUGCAUGUACCAAAGCCCUGGAGAGCUCAGAGGAGCUACUUGAAUUAGCCAAUCAGACGCUCUGCUCAGCUAAGAAUGACAGCAUCGCUCAGGCGGCCAAAGACAUAAAGGAUAGUGUGACUAUGGCUCCAGCAUUUCGUUUGUCAUUGAAAGCCAAGUCGAGUGACAGUAUGAAUCACCUGAUGGUAGACUUCACUCAGGAAAGAAACAUGCUUCAGGCCAUCACAUUUCUUCCAGUGCCUGCAACGCCAGAAAUACAGUUGGCUGAAUGCCAGGUGUUUGAUAACACAGUCACAGCGGUGUGGACCUUACCUGAACCUGACUCCAAAAUCGACCACUACAUUUUAGAAUAUCGGAGAACCAAUCACGAAGGUCCUCCCCGUGCUCGAGAAGACUACCCCUGGAUGGUAGUGGAGGGGAUAAAAGAAACUGAGUAUACACUCAGUGGUCUUCGUUUUGACACACGUUACAUGACCUUUCGGGUGAAGGCAUGCAAUAAGGCUGUGGCAGGUGAAUUCUCAGAGCCGGUUACUCUGGAAACACAUGCAUUUGUCUUUAAACUGGACACUAGUUCGGCCCAUCAGAACUUGAAGGUGGAGGAUCUCAGUGUGGAAUGGGACAGCAGUGGUGGAAAGUUACCAGUCCAGGACAUCCGAAAGGACAAGAACAGAACCAACUCUCCCAUGCAUUCUCCCGCCAGGACAGCCAUGAUGUCCCCCAAAAGAGCUCCUACUGCUAGAGUUGGUCGAGACCGUUUCACAGCAGAGUCCUACACUGUCUUGGGUGACACCAUGAUUGAUUCAGGGGACCAUUACUGGGAGGUGAGGUUUGAUAAGGAGAGUAAAGCAUUUGCAGCUGGCAUCGCUUUGCGGUCCUUUGGCCGAUUUGACCAGUUGGGUAAGAGUAAUGCAUCCUGGUGCAUCCACCUGAAUAACUGGCUUCAGCAGAGCCUCACAGCCAAGCACAAUAAUAAAGCCCGAACCCUGGACUGCCCCAUUCCAGACCGCAUCGGCAUUUACUGCAACUACGAAGAAGGCGCAUUGUCUUUUUACAAUGGUAGAACUAAAGGUCUUCUUCAUACCUUCAGAACCAAGUUCCAGCAGCCUGUUAUACCAGCCUUUAUGGUGUGGAAUGGGAGUUUCUCAGUGCAGACGGGGCUGCAGGUACCCAGUAUUGUGCAGAGCGGUCAGAAGAGAAACAGUAAUACAAGCAGCUCCAAUGCCAGCCUUACUUAAACCUUAUCCAUCAGUCUUUCACUGACAAAUAUCUACUCUUUAGAACUGUUACAUGUUUGCACAGGGUUGGAGAACAUCUGGCUAACCUGAACAAAGCCUGGAGGCUUUUUCGAUCAUCACAUUGUUUGCCAGCCCUAUGGGAGAACUCUUUUAGCUCACCUUCCUCAUUCCUUUUAGCUCACUGCUACUGUGCCUUUCAGUGUCCUGAAUUAAGACAUCGAGAGGUGUUAUUUUUUUUUUUAUAAUGCAUACAGCUUUAUUAGCUUGUUCAUGUAUAUGUCAUUAGGGCCAAAAUAUAGUAUUUUAUUGUUUAGCAUUUGGUAAAGAAAUAUUAUAGGUUCAAGACAAGUGAAGCUCAAUUGACAACAUUUGUGGCAUAAUGUUGAUAAACAAAUGAUGGAUUGAAACAAUUUUUGUGGAUAUUUAAAAAAAAAAUAAAAAAUAAAAUAAAGAAUUCUUGCAGUACCGUAAAUAAGGCACAUAUAAUGGAAGUGAAUGGGGUCAGUCCAUAAACAUCAAAGUACUCAACUGUAUAACCACAAGACAAAAACAUUAAUGUUAACAUGAUUUUAGUGUGAUAAUUUCAAAAUUCAAAAGGUAUAAUAUAUAUUAUAGUUAUAAUUAUUUAAAUAUAAAUAUAAUUGUUUAAUCAUUAUAUAUUGAAUUACUGUCGUUUGAGGGCCUUUCUCAGCAAUUAUUUAUAUAUUCAAUUAAUUGUGAUUAAUAAUGUUUUCCUCUUUUGUAAGUCGCUUUGGAUAAAAGUGUCUGCCAAAUGAAUAAAUGUUAAUGUUAAUUGGUAUGUCAUGCAAUCAAUUAAAUAUUUGAAUCGAUUGACAUCCCUAAUGUUAUUGUUUAUGGACAGGCCGAGUGUUUCAGUUUCCAUUAUAAGUGUCUUACUGUAACCACAAAUUUUUUUUUGUACAUAAACAAGUGACAAGUUGAAAUUAUUAUUAUGAUGUCUCAAAUGCUGUUGAUUGAGCUUAACUUGUAUUGAACCUGGAACAUUCUUUAAAAGUGAAGGUUUAUUUCUGCAGCACCAAACAGAAUAGCAAAAAAAAUACUGUUUUAAAAAAGGUUUCCUGAACACUGCCCCAAUUGCCAUUGGUUUAACAUACAGAUAGUCCUGCCUCAAACUCGAGCUAUUGGUUGAGCCAGUGUUGCUGUGUUGGACCGGUUGGGAUGCUCAAACAGAGCAAUGUUUUGAAAGCCUUACAGAGCCAGUGUUAACACUUCUUUUUGUUAUAUAAAUGGCUUACUUCUAGUUGUCCCUACAUAUUAAGCUGGGAUAAGAGAAAGUAUUUUAACAUUGAAAAAUUACACAUAUCAGCUUUAACUCAGACCACAGUAUUUGUCAAUUAAGACACAUUUUAACAGUCAUUUCAAUGCAGCUGAGAGCAUGUUGGUGUUAUUGUUUGAAAUCUCAGAUGUAACUAUUAUAUUUACACACUGAAUAUCUUAUAUGCCUCGAAUUCUGCUUGCUGCUUCAGUGAACAAACAUUUUUAAACUUAGUAUCAAAGUAGCACAAUAAUCUUAAAAGUCAUAGAGGAAGUCAAAAGCCUUUUAUAUAAUGUAUUUAAUUCAGCAGUCCCAGCAUUGGAGGAAAAGGGAGGCAGAUUCAAAACAAACCAUUGUUAUGCACGAUCAAUGAUGUGUGUGUGUGUGUGUGUGUGUGCCUGCGUGUGUGUGUUCACGUGUGUCCAUGUUCAUGAUUAGUCACCAAUAAAUGUAAACGUUCAGUAUUCUUUAUGCAAAUAUUUACAAGACCAGAUUUUUUUUGGAUGCCUGCUGCAAAUACUUGUACAUUACAGAAGACAGACAUUUUUUGCUGUUCUCUAGUUAAAUGGAUAGUUCUCCCAAAAAUGAAAAUUAUCUCAUUUACUCACCCUCAUGCCAUCCCAGAUGUGUGUGACUUUUCUUCUUGGAUUUUUAGAAGAGUAUCUCUGCUCUUUUGGUCAAUACAAUGCUAGUGAAUGGUGGACAGAACUUUGAAGUUCCAAAAAGCACAUAAUAGGCAGUAUAAAAGUAAUCCAUGUGAGUAGUGGUUAAAUCUAUAUCUUCAAAAGUGAUAUAAUAGGUGUGGGUGACAAACAGAUCAAUAUAUAAGUACUUUUUUUUUACUUUGAACAUAUCACCACAUACUGGACAGGGAGGAGAUUUUAUAGUAAAAAGUAAGAAAGGACUUAAGUAUUGAUCUAUUUCUCACUCACACCUAUCAAAUCACUUCUGAAGAUAUAGAUUGAACCACUGGAGUUGUGUGGAUUUUGGACUUUCAAAGUUCUGGCCACCUUUCACUUGUAUUGUGUGGACCUACAGAGCUGAGAUGUUUUUCUAAAAAUUAUUUUUAGUCAUUAAAGGAAUAAAAGAAAGUCAUACACAUCU